UCAACGGACCACCGCCAUCGCGACAGCAAAUAAAGCACUCUCCUUUCCCCUCUAACGCCACUUCUCCACAUGUACACAAUCGAAUCAUAUUUUUCUGGGGAAGAUCGAAACUCGUCUCAAUCUCACUCCCACUGUUUCUAAUGUCUAAAAAUUGAAAGCUUGAGCUACAAGAUCGUCUCUGCAAAUCUUAACCUAUCGUCGCCAUUUCCGCCAUUUUUGUCUGCUCAGAGCUUCCCUGCCUUCUCAAUUUAUCAUCUCCUUCUUCAAUUUCAUUAGCUGCUGAAAAAUAAGGGCUUAUCUUUCUCGAUCCUUUUUGUUUAUUUGAAUUUUUUGCUGUUCUUAUGGAUUGGAUUUGGGGAAGAAGAUACAGGCUGGGAGUUGCAGCUUUUCUGGUGCUUUCCAUGGCGGAAACGGCGGAGUGUAUUGGGGCUAAUUGGGGCACUCAGGCGACCCAUCCUCUGCCGCCUUCCACCGUCGUCAAGCUCCUGAAAGAUAAUGGAAUUCAGCAGGUGAAAUUGUUCGAUGCAGAAUCUAGGGUUUUGAAUGCCCUAAGUGGCUCCGGCAUCGAAGUCAUGGUCGGAAUCCCUAACGAAAUGUUGGCCGCCAUCGCCAACAGCGUCGCCGCCGCCGAGAAAUGGGUGGAGAAGAACGUCUCCGCCCACGUCUCCUCCAACAGCGUCGACAUUAGAUACGUCGCCGUCGGGAACGAGCCGUUCCUGUCGACGUACAAUGGGACAUACCUGAGCACGACGCUGCCGGCGGUGCAGAACAUUCAGGCAGCGCUGAUCAAAGCCGGCCUCGGCUCCCGCGUCCGCGUCACCGUCCCGCUCAACGCUGACGUCUACCAGAGCCCGACUCAGCAGCCGUCCUCCGGCGACUUCCGGCCGGACAUCCGCGAUGCAAUGCUGCAAAUCGUCGGCUUCCUCAGCCAAAACGGCGGCCCGUUCACCGUCAACAUCUACCCUUUCAUCAGCCUAUACAACGACCCCAACUUUCCGGUCGACUACGCCUUCUUCGACGGCUACUCGUCGCCGAUCGACGACAACGGCCGGAUAUACGCCAACACAUUCGACGCCAAUUACGACACCCUAAUUUGGGCUCUGCAAAAGUCGGGAUUCGGCAACAUGACGAUCCUCGUCGGAGAGAUCGGAUGGCCGACCGACGGCGAUCGCAGCGCGAAUUUAGGGUACGCGCAACGGUUCAAUCAAGGCUUCGUCUCGCACAUGAAUAAAGGAACUCCGAUGAGGCCGGGUCCGAUCUCGGCGUAUCUAUUUAGCCUCAUCGACGAGGAUGCGAAAAGCAUCCAGCCGGGGAACUUCGAGCGGCAUUGGGGGAUAUUUAAUUACGACGGGACGCCGAAGUACAAUCUCAGCCUCGGCGGCGGCGGGUCGCUAGUCGCGGCGAGGGACGUUCGAUAUCUCCCGAGACGUUGGUGCGUGUUGUCGUCGUCGGCAAAUCUUCAGGACCCGCAAGUUGCGGCGAGCGUGAGCUACGCGUGCGGCCGGGCCGAUUGCACGAGCCUCGGCUACGGGACGUCGUGUGCGAACUUGAACGCGCAGCAAAAUAUAUCGUACGCAUUUAAUAGCUAUUUUCAGAUAAACAACCAACUCGACAUUGCAUGCCGGUUCGGGAACCUCGGCUCGAUCACGACGCAGGAUCCGUCGGUCGGGCCGUGUAGGUUUCCGGUUAUGAUCGAUGCGCCGAAACAGGGGAGCGGCGGCAGCGGCGGGUUAUUGUCGAGGCCAUUCGGCUUCCUGGGUCGGCUGCUGCCGGUGUUUGUAUCGGCCAUUUUGUUGUUGUGUAGAGUGUGACCUGAUCGAUGCAUUGAUCGUGUAUGUUGAUUGUGAUCGAUGUUUGAUAUAUAUAUAUAUAUAUGUAUGUAUGUACUUACUAUUUAGGGUAUUUGAUUUCAUUGUUUAGAUGAUAUUUUUGUAAGUACUUAUAAUUUA